CCCGGCGCCCCGGCGGCCUGGCGCGGGGCUGCAUGCCUCCCCCGUCUCCCAGCUCCCCCCCCCCCUUCCCUGUCUCCACCUGUGCUGUUUAUUUCUUCCUCUCCCUUUCCUCCCCCUCCUUCCUCCGGACAGCGACAAUGCGUAUCCUGCGCCAGUCCCUCUUUGCCCUCCUUUGCAUUGGAGCCCUGCUCUUUGCGGCCAGCCCGGCGCUAGCCAAGAAGCAGGAUGGGCCUUGCACGAUCCGGGACAGCAAGAACCGUCUUUACGAUCUGAGCCCCCUCACUCUGACCAACGGAACCGACUGGCUGGCGUCCACGGCUCUUAGUCCUCACCACAACUACACCUACUACAUCAACGUUUGCCACGACGUGCACUUCAAGGGCUUCAAGAAUGAGACCUUCAGCAAGCCCGUCAGCAAGGGCACGGGUGUGGUGCAGGUCAGCAACACCAACCCCCUGCAGCAGGAGGACUGCGGCAUGACCGACUAUGUCCCCAGCGUGGUGGAGGGCAUCCUGACCCUGAUCUAUGAGAAUGGAAAUAUUUGCAAGUCCUCCGGCCAGAAGCGCCAGACCAUCAUCAACUUCGAGUGCGACCCGACCAUCGGCCUCGGCCGGCCGGUUUUCCUCUUCGAGAACACUUGCCACUACCUGUUCGACUGGAAGUCCUCGGCUGCCUGCCCGGUUGACAACUCCCUCUCUGGCUGGGCGAUCUUCUUCAUUGUGCUCGCCUGCCUGAGCGUCGUUUACGGCCUGCUGUAUCUGAACAACACCAAGCGCCGUGGCCUGCGUGGCACUGAUGCCAUCCCUGGCUACCCGAUCUACAUUGGUUUCUGCGAGACUUUCGGCAUCGGCGAGCAUGCCACCGCUGCCACCCGUCGCCGGCGCAAGGUCAACCGUGACGGUAUUACCACCACGAGCGGUCCGGUCGGCACGGUCACCUCAGCCAACGCUGCGGAGUUCCUGGACGACCUGGAUGAGGUCUUUGAGGACGCUGAUCUCGAGGCCCUGGAUCAUGGCGAGGACCUGGUCGAGCAUGGCAACGCCAUGCCCAUCCGCGAGGACGAGGGCUUCUAAGGGCACAUGUGUCCUCCUUUGCCAUAGUCCCCCCCCCCCUCCCCCCUCUCCUCCUCUGGCUUCCUUUUGCCCUCUCCAUUUCUCCCUUAUGCUGCUGUGCCGCGCCUGGGCAUGCUCUCUGUCCCUUUGCCAACGCCGGCAUCUGUGUGCUCGCCUUCGUGCCAUCUGGCGACCAGGCGAGAUGGAAGUGGCAGGCAUUCGACGCUCUAUGCGUCGCUCUCGCUCUCUCUCCCCCUCCCCCUCCCCUUGCCCCCCUCUCUUCCUCUCUUGCGACUCGUGUAUGCCCUACUUUCGCUCUCCCCCCCCCCUCGUCUUUGCAAAUAUAUAAUAACAAAUCAUGCGAGUCCCACGAUGCGCA